AAAUUUGUUAUAGCCGGUCCAAUUUAUUCACAGGAGUUUUUUUUUGACAGAAUUUAUAUUUUUUAAAAAUUAAAAAUUAAAUUUUAAAAUUUGAUUGAUUUUUCAGAAACUGAUCUCAAGAUUCGAUAAAAUGAAUAAACCCAAAAAUUCUAUCGAUGAUGAGAACAAGCUUCUUGAACCAUAUCAUUAUAUUAUGCAAUGUAGUGGCAAAAAAAUUCGAACCAAACUUAUUCAGGCUUUUAAUCAUUGGUUACAGAUUCCUGAUGAUAAAUUAAAAAUUAUCAACAGUAUUAUCGAAAUGCUUCACAAUUCAAGUUUAUUGAUUGAUGAUAUUGAAGAUAAUGCAACAUUACGACGUGGAAUACCUGUAGCGCACAAUAUAUUCGGUGUUGCAUCAACAAUUAAUUCAGCCAAUUAUGUUUAUUUUCUUAGUGCCGAUAAAUUGAUUAAAGAAUUUCCACAAGAUAAAAUGCCACAAGCUAUUACUAUUUUUACUGAACAAUUACUUGAGUUACAUCGUGGACAGGGAAUGGACAUUUAUUGGCGUGAUUCAUUUACUUGUCCAACUGAAGAACAAUAUAUUGCCAUGAUUGAACGAAAAACCGGUGCCUUAUUUAGUCUUGGUGUUAAAUUGAUGCAAUUAUUUAGUGCCGAUCAACGUGAUUUUGGCUACUUGAUUACAUUAUUAGGAAAAUAUUUUCAAAUUCGUGAUGAUUAUGCUAAUCUUAAAUCAGCCACUUAUGAAGAAAACAAAAGUUACUGUGAAGAUUUGACUGAAGGAAAAUUUUCAUUUCCCAUUAUACACGGCAUACUUUCCAAUCCAAACGAUAAAACAUUAAUCAGUGAGUAUCCAUUCAUUAUUGGUAAGGCAUAUUUCUUAACUAUUUUGCAUUUUAUAGACAUUCUACGAAAACGUACGACAAAUGUUGAAUUGAAAAAAUUUGCUGUUGCAAAAUUGGAGACUUUCGGUUCGUUUGAAUAUACAAUGGCUACAAUGAAAAAUUUAAGUGAAAAAGCACGUGAAGAAGUUAAUCGUUUAGGUAGUAAUGAAUAUUUACAUCAAUUAUUGGAUUAUCUGGAAACAAUUUGAAAAUAAAUUUUCUUUAUUUUUUUUACA